AUGGCUAUUUCAUUUCCACCAGGUAAAGGGCGAGUGCUCUAUGCGAAGUCCAAGGUGUACGUCCAUAUGACUUCCUCUAAGAGGGAUAAUAUUGCUGGCUAUUUAGUGAUAGUAAAGCCUUUUGUCGACUCUCCCAGCACAGAUCUCGUUGUGGCGUACAUCCCAGAGUCGGAUCUUUCUGAAGACGACAAGGCAUCACUUGAAUACUUUGAUCUGUACGGAUUAGAUGGUGAGAGCCAUGAUUUCUUUGGAUCUGGAGACGGUAAUAGCACUAGCUCUUCUUCUUUGAACAAGCCUAAGGUGGCCCGGUUUAUCAAUCGGCCUCGAAUGUCGUCGAUGUCUUCAUUUGCAUUUGGUCUGGCCAUUUCCAACAUUUUUAGCAUUCAAGUGAGGCCAAAAACUACAACAUUAUGGGAAGGAUCAAUUGUCUUGCAUCCGAAGGAUCUUCUAGAGAAGGUUCCUGCGUUGUUUUUCCAUGAUGAAGAAAGUGCAGGAACUAAACGAGAGCAGAAGUUGAAGAGCAGACGGUUUGAUCCUUUUGCAGAAAACUCUAAAGGUGACUUAUACUGGGGAGGAGAUAGGUUUAUUAGUUGUAUGAAGAAUUACUGCGUAUUGGAAGAGUCUACUUUGGAGAAGGGCAUGUAUUUGGUUAAUCCAAGCAAGGACGACACCAUCAAUUUCAUUCCAGAUGUGCUGGAUAAGCCCCAAAUGAAUCCUGGGGAAAGUGUUGGAGAUGCAGUUAAUGACUUUAUUUCAGAUGCCAAAUGGAAGAUGCUAACUGGAUUGGCGUCUGUGACAAAGUUCGCCAAGAAACAGUUUAGCGGCAUUGUUGAGAACGAAGCCAUUCCUGCGCCUAUCAGGCAGCUGCUUGGAAAGCCACAGGUCAGAGUGAUAGGUGAUGAGUUCGACAGUGCCAACGUUUAUUUGGCUAAAUGGGCACUUGCCGUUCAAGAGGAGGCCGAUAAAUCACGUAAACAGAUUGUCGGUAACGAUUUUUACAGAGAAUUGAUGGAAUCUGAGUUUGGUGGUGAUACUACUGUUACUUUGACUCCUCAAGAGGUAGCACAUGCACGUAGGUUAAAGCCUAUUACCGAAGUAGAAUGGGAAUCCAUGUUUGACAAGUCUGGUCGAUUGCAGAUAACAGUGAAAGAGGUAUUGGACCGGAUAUUUCAUGGGGGUGUUGAAGCAGAGGCUAGAAGGGAAGUGUGGCUUUUUUUAUUGAAAGUGUAUCCGUUUGACACCUCUAUCGAGGAGAGGGAGCAGUUGGUUAAGUCAUUGUAUGAAAGUUAUGUUGAGUACAAGAAUAGCUGGAAGGGAGAUCUUGAGCGUCAGAAGAAGGAUGAUUAUUGGAGAGAUCAGAAGGUGCGGAUUGACAAGGAUGUGAGACGUACAGAUAGAGAGCAGGAUAUCUACAAGGGGGGCGAUCCUGUGAAUAUGGACAUAACAGGUAAUGAAGAUCCUGAUGACGAUGCCGGUUUCAAAAAUCCCAACUUGUUGGUGUUGAGAGAUAUCUUGCUUUCCUACAAUGAGCUCAAUGUGAAUUUGGGAUACGUUCAGGGGAUGUCUGACUUGGAUUCUCCGUUGUACUAUGUUAUUAGAGACGAGCCGCUCAGUUUCUGGGCCUUUGCUAGAUUCAUGGAGAUUAUGGAACGGAAUUUUGUGACGGAUCUUAGUGGGAUGAAGGAUCAAAUGUUGGCUUUGACCGAGCUCGUUCAGUUCAUGAUGCCCUCGUUGUAUCAGCACCUCGAUGAGUGUGACUCCGGUAACUUGUUUUUCUUUUUCCGAAUGCUAUUGGUGUGGUUUAAACGAGAGCUCACAUUCGAAGAUACUUUGAGACUAUGGGAGGUUUUGUGGACCGACUUUUAUUCCUCACAGUUUGUUUUAUUCGUCUGUCUUGCCAUUUUGGAAAAGCAUUCCAAGAUUAUUAUGAGUACCCUCAACAAAUUUGACGACAUUCUCAAGUAUAUGAACGAUUUAAGUGGUACACUUGAAGUUGAUGAUUUACUAGUGAGAGCGGAGUUGUUAUUUUUGAAAUUCAAGCAGAUGGUGGAAAUGAUUGACAGGAGGAAUGCAGGUAUUGGUUUUGGCGGUACUGUCUCUGAAGAUCAGGGACCUAAGAGAAUACCCAUCAGUAAACAGCUGCGACUUCUUCUAUCUCGGAAAACCAUUAUUCAGAAGGAGAAACCUCGUGAUCCGGAGGCACCUUUCGGAUAG